AUGGCAGGAAGGGGUAAGACGCUGGGGUCGGGGGCUGCGAAGAAGGCGACGUCGAGGAGUAGCAAGGCCGGGCUGCAGUUCCCCGUGGGGAGGAUCGCCCGGUUCCUCAAGGCCGGGAAAUAUGCAGAGCGCGUCGGCGCCGGCGCCCCCGUUUAUCUCGCCGCCGUACUCGAGUACCUCGCCGCCGAGGUACCGCUCCUCGUCUCCUCUCCACCUUUUCGCCGAAUUAGGGUUUGGUCGCCUCUUCCGCCGCCGCAGCCGUGUUGGUUCUUCCGUGAGAUUUCUCCUGUUCACAUGGUUAUCUUGAAAUAACCGCGGCCGUCGCUGAUCUGUAGAGAUGGCGCGAUCUGUCUCCUCCCUCCUUUGAAUCCCCCGUCGUUCUGCAGUUUUCUCGAUCUGAUGGGGAGCUCUGUCGCGAACUUCGUCCUCUGAGAUUUCUCUAACUUCACAUAUUUUCUUGAUCUGAUCGAUGAUCGGGGGAUAAUCUGUUCUUGAUAAUGAUGAUCGGAUGGUGUGGUCUGCUUGGGUGUAGGUGCUGGAGCUCGCCGGGAACGCCGCCAGGGACAACAAGAAGACGAGGAUCGUGCCGCGGCACAUCCAGCUGGCCGUGCGCAACGACGAGGAGCUCUCGAAGCUCCUCGGGGACGUCACCAUCGCCAACGGCGGCGUCAUGCCCAACAUCCACAACCUCCUCCUCCCCAAGAAGACCGGCGCCGGCUCCAAGUCCGCCCCCGCCGACGACAGCUGA